AUGGUUAGUAAACACUUUCCUCCAGUCUUUCAUGACUGGAAAAAAGCUGUCGAGACUCGUCCUGGAAAUUUCCUACCAACAGCUCAAGCUAAGAUGUUCAUUUCGCAACAAACUUAUGAAGGCCUUCAAAUCACUGUGCAUUCCAAUUCAACUGUCGAGACUGUCAAGUUCCUCCUUGCCCAAGGUGUUGAUAGUGUUUUGACAGAACGCUUCCAGCAAGACCCGUUGGAAGAAUAUUUCGGAAAUCAGAGACAAAGGGGCAGAAGGUCGGAUAAUCCCGAUGCAUCACAGUUUUCAUAUAAUGAUCGAGCCCUUGAUGUCCAACACAACAUUGUGCCUAUCAAAGCUGGUAACACUGGAAAACGCAGUGCAGAAAAAUCCAGGUGGAACGACAUCAUUGAAGAGCCUCUGGACAAAGCCAAAAAAGCAAAAAAGAAAUAA